AUGAAGAUAAACCUGAAACACUGUUUCCCUAGAGAUCCUGGGAGCAAUAAAUUAGCUGACAUGUAUGAAUGCUUUCAAGAUGAAAAGUGUAUCAACUCUAAAGAUCAAUAUGGUAAUGUCUGGUAUAUCUGGUUCCUGCUGCUGAUUUUCCUGACAGUUCUGCUCUGUGGAGUCAUGUUCUUCUGUAUUCAGUGCUGGCUGAGACCCCAUAUUGACUCCCCAAGAUGUACUGUGGCUGUUUAUGCUGUUGGAGACAUGGACCCUAAUUAUGGGACAGAGGCAGCUGUGAGCCCAACUGUUGGAAUUCACCUUCAAACUCAAAACCCUGAAGUGUAUCAUGUUCCCUGUUUAGGCACCUUAGGUCCUCCUCCUCCAUACGAAGAAGUCCUAAAAUCGAGUCACUCUUAG